UUCUCAUCUCCGAAAGUAGAUCCAUCUUCUUUUCUUCGUCUCUGCUUCUCACUGCUCGCUUUCACUUACUUCUCUGACUCACUGAGUCAAUUAACUCGUUCUUCACCCCCAAAUCGAGAUUCCCUGAAACCCUAAAACUCCAAUUCCCACCGCAUGUCACUACUUUACUUCCCAAUUCCUUCCUCCUUCAUCUUCUGAUUCACUUCAAUCGAUUCGAUUUUGCGGAUCCAUGGAGGAAUCUCCAUCUCCCAAACCAGAGUUCGAAUCCACAACCACAACUCUAACAUGCCGCGAUUCCGAACUCAGCAACAACAACAGCUGCAGCAAUAGCAGCUUCUGCAGCAGCGAGGUCAUGCUUCCAAAGAAGAACACUAACAGCAACAACAACAACGAUAGAGGUGAGGUUGUGAACGGUUACAUUGUGUACUCGCGAAGGAAGACGAAGAAUCUCCAUGAAGAAGACGAAGAGCAAGAGAAGAAGGUAAGUUCCGAGGGCAGAAAUGGAAUUGUAAAGGUGGAGGAGGAAAGUAGUGAGGUGGUGGUGAUUCAGAACGACGUCGUUUUGGGAAGGUUGAAGAGGAAUAGGAAGCCAACGUGGAAAACGGUGGUGGAUGAGUGUGAAGUUGGAGAAGAAGAGAAAGCGGUGGUUUUCAAGACGAAGUCAUCGGAGAAGGUUGUUGUCGUUAACAGAAGGCCCGUCACCGUUAAAGAGCUCUUCGACACUGGUUUGCUCGAUGGAGUUCCCGUUUUUUACAUGGGUUGCAAGAAGGAUUCAACUUCCGGAUUACGGGGUGUGAUUCAAGAUGGGGGAAUAUUGUGCUCAUGCUGUAUUUGCAAUGGCCGCAGGAUUAUUCCUCCAUCCCAAUUCGAGAUUCAUGCUUGCAAUACAUACAAGAGAGCAGCACAAUAUAUUUGCCUUGAGAAUGGGAAGAGCUUGCUUGACCUUUUGAGAGCAUGCAGAGCAGUUCCCCUGCAUGCUUUGGAGGUGGCAGUUCAAAAUUUUCUUUGUUCCCCACCUGGAGAAAAUUACUUUACCUGCAAAAGUUGCAGAGGUCUCCUAAACCAGUAUUGUUUCCCAGUCCAUCAAGCACUUCUGAACUCUGUAAUUCCUCACAAACUAAGAGACGCUGGAAGAAAAGAGAAAAGUUGGUCAUCAAAACGGGAUGCCAGCUCAGCUUUUUCCAAGGGUGCUUCAGAUCCUAUUCUAUUCCACAAGAGUUUGUGGAAGAGGAAAACAAAGUCAUAUAAACUGACAGUAAAAUUAAACACUGCUCCAGUUACUUCAACUUCGAUGUUUCCAGUUACUUCAACUUCGACGUGUUUAUCUUCAGAAAAUAAGAGCCAGUGGAAGAUCGCCAAAAAGUAUCAGCGACUGCAUAAAUUAAUUUUUGAAGAAAAUGGAUUGCCUGAUGGAGCCAAAGUAGCUUAUUAUGCACGUGGACAGAAAUUGCUUGUAGGUAUCAAAAGGGGCUCUGGAAUUGUGUGUGGAUGCUGUAACACGCUGGUCAGCCCUUCACAAUUUGAGGUACAUGCAGGUUGGGCUUCUCGAAGGAAACCUUAUGCAUACAUCUACACUUCAGAUGGGAUGUCUCUCCAUGAGUUAGCAAUGUUUAUACUAAAAGAACGCAAAUACACUGCAAAGUAUAAUGAUGAUCUAUGCGUUGUCUGUUGGGAUGGGGGGAACCUGCUGCUCUGUGAUGGAUGCCCAAGGUCGUUUCACAAAGAAUGUGCGUCAGUAUCAAGUAUUCCUCGUGGUAAUUGGUAUUGUCAAAUUUGCCAAAACAUGUUCCAAAGAGAAAGUUUUGUUGCGGACAAUGUCCAUGCUGUGGCAGCAGAAAGGGUUGAAGGAGUUGGUUCCAUUGAACAGAUUGCCAGAUGCAUUCGCAUAGUAAAAGAUAGCGAUGCUGAGAUGGGUGGAUGUGUUUUGUGCGGAGGUUCUGACUUCAGCAGAUCAGGAUUUGGUCCACGCACAAUAAUAUUCUGUGAUCAGUGUGAAAAGGAAUACCAUGUUGGUUGUUUGAGGGAUCAUAAGAUGGCAUUUUUAAAGGAGUUGCCAGAAGGGAUUUGGAUUUGCUGCGAUGAUUGCACAAGGAUACAUUCUAUUUUGGAGAACAUCCUGGUUAGGGGGCCUGAGAGACUUCCGGAAUCUCUCUUGGAUGUAAUAAAGGUGAAGCAAGAGGAAAUACUUUUAGGACUACCUAAUGAGAUUGAUGUAAGAUGGAGACUUCUUAAUGGAAAAAUUGCUAGCUCUGAAACUAGGCCAUUCCUUUUGCAGGCUGUGUCAAUGUUUCAAGAAUGUUUUGAUGCUAUUAUUGAUCCAGUUAGUGGGAGUGACCUUAUUCCUGCCAUGGUUUAUGGAAGGAGUGUACAGACUCAGGAUUUUGGAGGAUUUUAUUGUGCAUUAUUAAUGGUCAAUUCAUGUGUGGUAUCUGCGGCUAUGCUUCGAGUUUUUGGGAGAGAUGUUGCAGAGCUCCCUUUAGUUGCAACGUGUUAUAAGAACCGUGGAAAGGGUUAUUUCCAAACGCUGUUCUCUUGCAUUGAGAGGCUGCUGGCUUUCUUGAAUGUGAAGAACUUUGUUCUACCAGCUGCUGAGGAAGCAAUAUCUAUAUGGACCGAUAAAUUUGGGUUUAGCCUGAUGAAACCUGAGCAGCUUAGCAAUUAUAGAAAGAACUUCAGUCAGAUGAUGGCAUUCAAAGGGACAAUUAUGCUCGAAAAACCGGUUCCAUCGUGUCGGAUCGUCAAUACCCGAUCCUGAAAGGUCUCAAUACAACAAAAGUCAUUCAUGAAAGAAGGGGAAACCCCCUAACUUUUGUGUUUACUAUUACUCAUUCUGCUGGUUCUGUACAUGUAUUUUAAGCCAUUUUUGAACAUUUGUUUUAACAUUUAUAUUGUCGUUAUCGUGUUUUACCGUUUUAGCUAAGCUACUCUAUUAGUCUUGAGAAUAGUGCUUUUACCAAGUUCCUGAUGCUAUGCAGAAUAGUACAGCAUGUCUUGGAUUUUUAGAUAA